AUGUCAAAGAGUGAAAGCAAUGCGUCAACUUCAAGCUACCAUAACUAUGGUACAUCUGGGUCUUUGAUUCAUAAAAACAAGAUGAUCGAGUGCUUUUGCCAAGAUGAAAGUGUUCUUAGAACAGCGAAUGAUGUUAAUAGUGUCAAUAAGGGGAGAAAAUUCUGGGGUUGUAGAAAUUAUAGAAACCACAUUGAAAAGGGUUGUAAUUUCUUCAAGUGGUUGGGUGAUGAGUUUCUUGAUGAAAGGGAUUUGAAGCUUGAAAGACAAAAGAAGAAAAUUAACAGAUUGAAGAAUGAAGUUAUGUACACUCGAGGGUGGCUUAAAAUGUCCAUUGUUGUUGGGAUUGUAAGCUUAGGAUUGAACCUUGUGUUUGUAACAAUGUAUCUCAAUUAG